AUGCAAAAAUCUAGAAAUCUUCUCGCAACCUACCUCCACGGUGUCAAUAACAAAGGUCAUUAGAUUUUCAGACCAGCUUUUCAAAAUCAUUAAAUUAGAUUUAAGAGUACUAGUACUUAGUCUGUGAAUAAUAGCUCUGACUAAUAAGCAGUAGACCAAAAAGAAUAGAUCAAGAAAAUAUUUGAAAAGGACUCUACAUUCGGAUUAGUAAAGAAGCUUUUUAUUUAUAAGAUGAUGAGCUCUAAUUUAUUCAUUAACUACUCCCUUGGAGUAAUGAACAUGAUGUAUAAGAUUUGGGGAGUCAGACUCACUAAUUUUUUGAUAAAUAAAACUGCAGGAGAGGUUUUCACUUCAGGAGAAACCAUCUAGAGUCUAAUUGUGGAUAUCGAAGAGUUAUCUAAGAGAAAAAUUAAGGGUGUGGCAAAUUAUGUAGCUGAAGGACUUCACUCAAUGGAUGAAAGACAAAUCUAAAUAACUCUGAAAGACCUUACUGAUUCAAUUAUGUCAAUAACAGAGGGGAAAGAUGACGGUCAUUUAGCAAUAAAGCUGACUGCUUUGAUCUCCAUUGACAUAAUGACAAGAUUGUCCAAAGCACAGCAGGUACUAUUAGAAGAUGUAAUGCAAUUAUGGACUAAGGAGGAUCCUAUCAGCAUUCAAGAAAUCAAAGCAAACUUAGAUAAGAUUGGGUUCAAAUAUUCAGAUGAUGAUGUUCAAUGGCUAUUCAACAAGGUUAAAUUAGCAGAUAAUAGUAGUUAAAGCUUGAGCUAAGUAGAGCGUUGGGCAAAUACUCAUGUCCUACCAUUAAAUCCACAGGAUAGACACCCAGUCUUACUAUCAUUUUGCAAGCAUCUAGGAGUUACUGACCAAGAUAUAAAUCACUUUGAUCUCUUUGCCAAAAGAGUAAUUGAGAUGACUGAAUUAUCCCACAAAAGAAACUGCAAACUUUACGUUGAUGCUGAAUAGACUUACAUGCAAAAAUAGAUUGAUUCAAUCGCAACAUAGUUGACUUAGAAAUUUAACAGAGGCGAUAGAACCAUUAUCAUGAAUGGAUUCCAGCAAUAUCUAAAGAUAACUGAGAAAAAGAUACCUCUUGAAAUUCAAUCAGCAAAGAAACUCGGUUAUAACUUAGGUAUCAAGCUUAUUAGAGGAGCUUACAUGAAUGAAGAGAGAAGACUUGCAAAGUAGCAUGAUUAUGAAUCCCCCAUUUGGGAUACUAUCGAUGAUACCCAUAAUAAUUAUAAUAGAAAUCUAAAGCUAGUCAUAGAAAAUUUGAAUGAGCAAGAUAGAAUGCUUAUUGGCUCUCACAAUGUUGAAUCAGUUAACAUUGCCAAAUAAUUGCUUAGAGAUCUUUAGAAAAAUGAUGGAAGAGCAUACUUUGGUUAGUUAAAGGCAUUCUCAGACCAAAUUACAGGCCAAUUGGCUAAUGAGGGAUUCACUGUCUACAAGUAUUUACCAUAUGGGCCUACCGAAAAAGUAAUGCCCUACUUAGUAAGAAGAGGAUAAGAAAGUAGACAAGUCCUUAGAGAGCAAAAGUAUCAAAAUGAGUUCUUGAAGGGAGAAAUAAAAAGAAGAAUGAGCUUAUCCAAAUGA